UCCCCGUCUGUAUUCUGACCUUGCAUUGGCCCGUGCUCCAGCGAGGAAAAGAGGCCCCCUGUGAUUGGUUGCAUGAUGUACUAGCCUGACCCCGUGGACUUCCUCGACCAAGACCAAAACAAACCUGAGAGUGAAACGAGUCAGAGAGAAAGUACGCCCCCAAACCAUUGAGAUUAAGCUGAAAUCCAAGCUUGAUCGUAUCCUUACAGUGAACCAUUGUGUGUGAAGCUUUCCACGUAUCCUGUUUAUCGUGACACGGAGUUACUCUCGCCCCAGUGACAUAUCCAUCUUGUAACUGUGGUGGUGGUGGUGGAGAGCUUUGGUGUGUGAGUGUGUGGAGCAGAGACUGGCUGCUGGCUCAGUGCCUCCUCUCUUGGAAGAAACAAUCUGCCUGUGUAGUAGCCAGCAUUCCCCUUCUCCCUCCCCUUGCCAAGACGCCCCAAGCCAGCGUGCUAUGGCUUACCCCCUCUCUUCACUGUUGCUAUUGCGGAAGGGAGCGAGAAAGUGAACCGGUGUUGGCGCUCCUUGAUCCGCUUCAUCACAACAUGGAGGUCCUCCCAUGGUGGCAGACAGACAGUGACUUCCUGCUGGAGUUCUGUGACAGCAGCGUGAGUGGUGACAACAGGAAGGGACCUGGCAUGCCCAUUCCUCGCGGACCAGGAAACAGAGUGAUGCCCAACCACCACUUCCCGGACCUGUCCAGCAUGGCCCUGCAGAUGGAGGACCACAGCCUGCUCCCUGGACAGUCUUCCAGCCAGCAGUGGGACGCUCCAGCCAGCUCCGUGUCCUCCCUGUACCAGGAGACAGGCAGCAGCCUCUCACCGCUGGGUCCCAACUCCCCGUCACUGUGGCCGCCUCAGUCUAUGGACCUGGACGUUGACAUCAAAUUGGAGCCAUUGGAUGACCUAUCAGUGGAUGACCUUCUGGCUGGCCACCCUCUGGGACUCAACCCCACUGAGGACGUGUACCUCGAUGAUGUUAAUCUGGACGACUUACUCAUGCCAGAGCCGCUGGCUGGGCCAAGCCUUGACCAGCCCCAGUCCCCCAAUGCUAUGAUGGCCGUGCCCCCUGAUGAGGUGAUGGGCAACCACCGAAACUUUUCCUCCCCCCCACCAUCCAUACCAAGUAAUGGAUUGCGGUACACCCAACCCAUCAAGGCCGAGAGCACCUCCCUCUUCUCCUUGCUGGCCUCCUCCUUCCCUCCUCAGGGUGGGGGCUGGCGAGACCCUCUCCUGACAGCUUCCUCCCUCUCCAGCCAGAAUACUGGCUCACAGCUAGGGAGCAUUGAGGAGUGCCCUGGUGACCAGAAUCAACACACCAUGUCUCAAUUUCAACAACAGCAGCAACAGCAACAACAGCAGCACCAUCACCAGCAACAGCAGCAGCAACAACAGCAGCAACAGUGCUCACCUCAGGCUUCAGAGCCCACUUCAGCUCUCCAGGAGCUCCUGCUAAGAUCUCCUUCUACUCCGCUGUCACCUCACCGUGUUUCCUCUCCAAAAGGAACCCCCUCCCCACAGGAACCUCCCAUGGGCACAUCAGUGCCCCGACCCACAUCCCUCUCAGCUGCCAACCCUUUGCUGUCUGCUCGCCUCUCAUCAUCAGCCCCAAGCCACAACUUCUCACUGGAGCAGGCCUGGCAGCGGCGGGAGCCCCGCCAGCACCUCUUGUCCACUGGCUCCCUUGCUGAGGAGCUUGGUGGGUCAGCUUCCUCCCUCAGCACAGUUGGGGGGAUCCUCUCCCCAGGUGGCCACGACCUCUCCAUUGAUGAGGGUAUUGACUCUGAUGAGGCAUCAGACAAUGAACACUAUGAUUCUGAGUCAGACAAUGACUCGGUGGUGAGUGAGGACACGGGUAGCAUCUCUGGCUCGCUGGGCAAGAAGGAACGUUACUUCUGGCAGUACAAUGUGCAAGCCAAAGGUCCUAAGGGUCACCGCGUCACCAUCAACCAACAGGACCGUGACCCCCACAGCCUGCCCUCCGUCAUGGAUCCCGUGUUCUCCCCGCUCUGCUCCAUUCAGGGCAUCAAGCACAGUCAACAAAGACGCCUUUCCUCCAGUGGGAAGGCUCGCCGUGGUGACGGCAAUGACCUCACUCCAAACCCUCGCAAGCUGGUCACCAUUGGGCGGGAGCUGGAGAAACUGAACAAGACAAUAAAUGACAUGACCCCAGUGUCAGAGUUGCCCUUCAAUGUGCGGCCAAAGUCCCGCAAGGAAAAGAACAAGUUGGCAUCCAGAGCUUGCCGUCUGAAGAAGAAGGCCCAACAUGAGGCCAACAAGAUCAAGCUGUAUGGCCUGGAGCAGGAACACAGGGGAAUACUGACUGCUAUUGAGGACAUUCGUAAUUCCUUGCUGAGGAAGGUGGAAAUGGGUCCCAAUGGUGUAAUCCCGUCCCCUUCACCACACCCUCAGUCUUCCCCUGGUACUGCACAGUCGUCCCAAGCUGUGCUCUCACAGCACAUCGAGAAGCUGUGCAAGCUGAUCAACAAGCACCGCAUUGCUGGCCACACCACAGACUUCGUCAACAAAGUUAUUGAAAACUGUCAGAAUGGAAACUCAACUGGUGGACUGGAGGAACUGACCAAGAUCUUUAGCAAUGCCAAUCUGGCCACCAGCCCGCCCUCGUCCAGGGGCACUUCUGGGUUCUCGCCUCACUGAGAUUCUGGUCUGACAGAGUCACAUGGUGCACACUUAAGGUGCUUAAGGUUUAGUUUUGAGCACUAUUCUAAGGUAAGGAGACAUGUCCAGUUUUCAAGAACAAGCUAGCUGCUAUAGUCUAUUUGUCCAGCUGCUAAAGCAAGCAAACUGCACAAGCCCUGGUAAGUUUGGAAACUGAAUGCUGAUAGGCUGACAUGUUCUCAAGAGUAGUGAACAUGCACCACUCAGUUUUUAAGAUUUGACUAGGCACGUGCAGCUUGCUGGACUCCAGUCUGGAUGAUAAGUCUAUAUAUAUUAGUGAUAUCCAUGACUUCAAAAGUAGUUAUAGGUUUUAUCAUUCUACACAUGCGGUGACCUCAUUCUUCCUCACCUGGGUCUUAAGUUAAUGUACCAUGUGAGAGUGAUUUGCUUCUGAGAAGAGUUUUAUGAUCAGUGAUCACAAGCUAGAUAAGAGCCAGCACUGCAAGUGCUGUGUCUGUGAUGGUGGCAGGUGGAAGGAACUAGCUAAGCUGGAUCCCCACACCAGACAUUGGCUGUGACUGUUUGAGGAACGACCGACAUGCUACAAAACACAUCAAGUGUUGCUACUGUAGGUCUUAGGAUACUUGAAGGGCACUGCAGGAUAGACAGGCCUCUCAGGAGUGCCACCCACAUACACUGUCCAGCAGUUAUUAAUUGACAGUUUGAGACUUAUUUGAUCUUUCUUACAAUUCAGCAGGUGUCCCAAAGUAUGGGCACGUGACUUAAAUAGCUAUUUAUUUCUGCAGUAACUGUACAAUAUACAAACUCUCUUACCUAGAGUAAUGCAAGUGUCUUAUGUUCAGGCAACACCCAGACACAUUAUCUGAUAUUUUAACAGGACUAAGUCUGUGAACUGAGUUUUAGAUCAGCCUGCUAAUAAAGAAGAGACAAGUUUGUAAGUAGUUGCCAUAGAAGACAUUUAUCACUAAACUCCUGAAGCAUUAACUAUAAAGCCUGCAAAGGAAACCUUCAGUAUUGGUAGAAUGAGUUGCCCUGAGGUCCACCAAUGCUUGUUCAUCACUCAAUUUUUGUUGCUGUUGUGGAGACUGUUGUAAAUAUGUGUUAGUAAUUGCCAGGGAUGAAUGAUAACUCCAUUUAUUGCGUAUUGUACAUAUAUUUUUUGCAGCUUCUGUCUGUUAAUAUAGUAUCUAAUUAUCCAUUGAACCCAAACAUAUGUGGUGGUCUGUAGCAUUCCUGCUGAUUGAUAUUUAUAUAGCAAGUAACCUUAGGAUCAUACAAAAAUGAAACCUUUGUAGCGCAGUGUUUUGAUGCUGGGAGAAGACUUGCCAUACAUCUCGUCUAGCCAGGACAAUUGCUUAUCAAUGUAGAUGUUGUGAGAACUUUAACAGAAAAAUCAUCCCAUAAAGAUUGCAGGUUAGAUUUUUUUCCUUCUUGGCGAGUGUUUUAAGUACUACUACUGCAGCCUAUACUCACACGGCAGGAUCUGUAUUUAGCACAUCUACCUGAACCAUAAACCCACAGACCCAUGCACAUACACACAAAUAGUAUAUAUGUAUAUAUAUUGACCUAAAAUUGCUUAGGUCUCCCAACAGUGAAGCAUCUGCUCUUUUUCUUGUUACCUAUACCAAGCCUGUCACAUAGUACAGUCGUCAUAGUAGGUAUAUCCUUUCACCUGUGCAUGUUGCCCCUAACAGCUCAAGUUCCUAAUGGCACACUCCUUAAUUCCCAACGAUGACAUGAACACCACUGACAUCUGAAGGUUGUGCGAUACAGGUUAACAAGACCUGACAGCAGCUUUAUUGGCUGCCUUGCUUGAUGCUCUGAGGUUAGAAAAACAAUACUACUUGGCCCACCUUCAAGUGGUUACUUUGAAAAUGUCAAAUUAAAAUUUUCCUCAAGUGCAGCUUUAGCCAUGAGAGGGAGUAACUGGGAAAGCCUUAGCAUAUUCUGUUGAAGUGAUGGAAUUGCUUAAAGCCAAGUAUUUGCAGUUCUGUUUUCUGCAGUCAAUUGGCAGAAUACUACUGGGAGCUGCUGUCCUACCAUUUGUUUCCUCUGUAACUUAGUGAGUAGGAGGAUCACAAUGAGUACAGGAGAGGCAGAGUUGUUGGCUCAGUGUUGCUUUAUCCUAAAACAAGCAAGCUGAGAGUCUAGAUUCAGUAGGAAGGAGGGAUAUUGUUCUGCUCUUUACACAGAGGCAGGACAGCCUCUUUAUUAUUUUAUUCCUAAAUGUGUUCUUUCUGUGUUUUCAGCAUUAUCAAGAAAACCUAGACUGAACACCACUAUUUCUCAGUCUACCUUUUGGCACACUACACAGUUAACAGUUAUUUUCCUUCUCUGAGUUGAUCUUUCCUUUAUCUCACAUUCCAUUUCACUGUAAUACAUUACUCAAACAUUAGGAAGUGCUCAGUGCAGGACACUUGAUUCCUAAUAUUGAAAGGUGAGGUCUGACAUCAGACAUCAUUGGUGUGCAGUGGUAGUAAAAAUAACCUAUUCAUGAGCAUAUAGAGAAACCUUGUCAUUGUGAAAUAAUAAUAUACAGUAAAAUUCAAUAAUAACAAUUCAGCUUGGCUGCUAUCAAUACAAAACUAUCUGUGGAUCUUGUGAACCAACUUCCCUCAUGGCUACAGUGGAUGUUUGCUUGGAAUAUUAAACUUAAGGAAGAUAUACACAAUAGGCAUGAGUUUGGGCUGCAGGAAAUAACUCUUGUCAGAUGGAAUAGUUCAUAAAUCUUUUAUCACGAUAGUGUUAGAAAAAUGAGCCGAUUCUCUUUAACUGAUCAGCUGUUCCUGAUAAGCUUGCACUCGUACACCUGUCUCCACUUGCUGUUAAGGCCAUGUACAAGGGUCACUACACUUAAGAUGCAAAGUUGUGUAGACAUGCUGCAGAAUGUUUAACCUCUGAGCUUUAGUAAUUGUAGGGCACAUGAUGUCAUGCUACAUCUUGAGUACCACUGAGUUUGAUUUUAUUACAGGCCAUUCCCUGUACUCAGAACCUAUUAUAUAAACUCAUGAGUAUAGAUGAAAGCUUACUGUGAAGGAGAAAACACAGCAUCAUCUUUGCCAUGCUGUGUGAUGUUAGGGUUUCUGUUUAGGCAGAACACACAUACUGUUAAUGUACUUUUAAGAUUACACUGUAGACAUUUUCACUUUGACCACAGCCCAGCAUGCAGGGAAAUUAGGGAAAUUACCCUGUGAGUAAAACCUGUUUUAGUGAGAAGGUGGUAUUGUAGUAACUUGUAAGGCAGAUUAUGGCAAGUUUGAACCAGCAUAUAAGGAUGAGUUUGUGUACCUGAUAAUGUAGGUUAGGAUGCCUGGUGCCUAUCUAGUCGCACUAAUUCUUCAGAGCAUUUGUAGCUGAGGUUGUCUGGUGUAGCUCAAGAGUAGUAGUAAUUAAAAAUGGCUAAUUAAGUAGAAAUGUCGGUGCCCAUGAGCUCUUCUGUUUUUGUUUCUUCUCUCCAGCAUUACCUCAUACACACUAAAAACAUGUUCUCCUGUUCCAUCUGAAGAUUGUCAUGGUUCCAGGUGUGAGAGUUGAGGGGGACUUACGAGGGUCUUUUUAACUGUUGCAUUUGACAAUUUGCUGGCUGAAUUCAUAAUCAGGAUUUGUUUUUCCUACAUGUAAUGGGAAAAUCUUGUGCAAGACUUCCCUUCAGCAGAACCUUGUGUUCACAAGUGUCGUGUAGCUGGACUGCACACGUGCAUCAGGUGGUAGUACAAUACUCUUCAGUAUUUUGCCUUGGAGGACAACUAAUGCAGUUAUGUUACCCAGUUCUGGCAUUCAUAUAUACUCCUUGUUUGAACUUGAAAAAAAUAUAUUUUUUUAUCAAGUAGGGAAAAAAAAAGUUUCAUCUUGCAUUUUCUCUUGCUCUUUUUAGAUCCAACAAUUGCUAGUGUUCCUUAAUCAAAAUCAACAGGAAUUACCAAAUAAGGUUGCUACCUGAGAAAUUUUACCCACUUAGCACACAGCACAAACAAUUGCCAGGUUUGGUGGAGCUGCAGUGCUACUGGACAGUUAAGUUCACGUGGCAAUUUUAUCUGGAAAUGUGUAGUAGUAAAAAAUAUCAAAUCCUUUCAGAGGGAUGCAACCGAGCCAAGAUACUGUAAUGAAUACAAUAUAUAUAUAUAUAUAUAUAUAUAUAUAUAUAUAUAUAUAUAUAUAUAUAUAUAUAUAUAUAUAUAUAUAUAUAUAUAUAUAUAUAUAUAUAUAAUAUAAUUUCUAAAGCAAGAUGUUAGGUUCUUCCAAAAAAUAAUAAAGUAAUCUAAUAAAAAGUAAUCUGUAAAAUUAAAAAGCAGCUGUAACUUCUUUUUAAAUUUACAAACAUAAAAAUAAACAGCCUGGUACCUGCAGUGUGUGAGCAGGGUUAUCGUGGGGGCAUUUCUGACACGGGCAUUCCUUGUAGGAGCUCCCGUAAGGGCAGCAAGGCAUUAAAGAUGGUGGUGGUUGUGAUUUAACAUUUGUGACUGAUGGCAUAAAUUUCCAUGACUGAAAAAAUAUAUAAGGAAAACAAACACACAUGCAAAGGGAAAUAGAUGCUAACAUAUUGUAGAAAAGACACAUGGCAGGGUGCUACCCAGCAAGUGCACCUUUUUAUACAAUUGAGUGGUUUCUGUUUUUUAGUCACCAAUGAGAAACAUGCAAGUAAAUAAUAAUGUGGUUAGUUCUCAAACCAAACAUUUUUCAAAGUUAAGACCACAUGCAUUUUGGAGUAUGUGAAUGCAGGAAUUGUGGAGAGUCAGCUCCCUUGUAGUCAAAUCAAGUACAGGUAGUCGACAACCUGAGACUGGCUAUGUUCUCAUCGGUUAGUUGUAAGCCGAUGCAACUGUGCUGAUAUCGACUGGAUAAGAGUUUGGAUUAUCAUAUGUCAGACUCAAUUAUUGGCCGGUCUAGCUGCAUAAGUAACAUCCUUCCUCUUUAUAGGCAUUUUAAGUGUUAGAAGUGGAGGUCACAGCAUAUUAGUUAGUUAGUAAGAGAUGUAUGCAAGGAACUGAGACCACUGUGAAACUGAGGAGGUGUGCAAGUAGGUGUGGUGCGGACCAAAUUCUUGCUGCCUGCUGUAUGGAUAGUGACGAUCAAAGUGGUUGGAAAUGUAAGUGGUCAUCGGUUGACGACAACCUGUAGUUGCUAAACUAGUGAAUACCUUUUUUUUUUUUUUUUUGGUAGGACUACACUCUUAAACCUUAUUGGCUGAACAUGCAGUGUUGCCAUAGGCCACCUGGAAACUGUUUUGGCAGGUGUUUGUUGAAUGAUUUGUUUUAUUUAUAAUAGUUACAAAGGUAACAUGCAUGAAAUGCAUUCAUAUUAAUUUGUGAAAUUUCAUACCAGCUAAUAAUACCUGUUUAUUUAUUUUUAAGAUCUAUUGGUUUAUGGUAUGCGGCCAAUUUGUGCCGAGUUACAGAUUUGUCCGUGUUCACCAAGUCACCACUGACGAUGUCAUGCUGCGAUAUUUUAUGUUUGAUAAGUGCAAAACUUAGUGCACCACUGUGCUUCUUAGUACUGCAGACAUUGCAGCUUGGUGCCGUGCUCAGCUUUAUGCUGAGAAGACCCAGUGUCAUAUGCUCAAGGUAUGCACAAUUUUUUGUCUUCAUGUAAGAACUUUUUUUGCCGUUCUUCAUGUACCAUAAUUAGUUUUUCAGGGGAAAAUGCCAUGUUUAAGUAAUCCUAAAGUAUCACAAGACAAACACAUUCAAGAAAUAUCACAUCAAGUAUUAAGUUUGUUAUUGUAGGAAAGCAUAUUGAUUCAAAGUUGCAGUGUUUGCAUUUGUAGUCUUGCCAACAAGCAAAGCUUUGUACUGGUGUACCCAGUCCAGUGCAAAAACUAAACAGACCAUGAGUACUGUCUGCAUAAGUGAACUGGGCUCAAAUCCCAGGCUGAACAGACAUCUUGAGCUCCUCCGUUUAUUCUAAGGUCUGGUCUUUGUUCGGCUAGAAAAGAACAGAUGUGGAAUAUGUCAUUCUUCUCAGAAAUUGCCAAGAAUGUUUAGAAAUUAAUUAACCCAAAUUGCAGCAAAGACUGUGUUUAGAAAUUAAUGAAUUAACCCAAAUUGCAGCAAAGACCAUGACUUUAGAGACAGUCACGAGGUAUCACAAACCAAGCCAAAGAUCAGAGUUCCGUUGGUGAGGCGGUGAACUGAUGGUUGCUAACAGGGUCUAUUAAAAUAGUAGAGGGACUCGGAUGAAAAAUUAUUGUUUGGCUGGCGGUAAAAACUUUAAAGUUUUCCUCCUCCCACACCCCCUUCCAGAUUUCUUUAUAGUGGUGAGAUACUGUAUAACUGCAUUAGGUUUCUGUUCACCACACCUCUCUUUGCACUAAGAGGAACAAGUAAGCACUUUCAUUAACUCCUUUACACAAGUGUAGAGAUCCCCUCAUAUUAAGAAUUCUAAGCAUUGAGUACUCUAUGCCAUCCUUGUUCCCAGCAUAAUUAUCCUACACCACAUGUCCUUGAUGUGUUCUACUUCAAGGAGUUAUGACUUAAAAUUUAGAAUGACAAGUUAUUCCCCAUUAAUAUGUGGUCAUUUCCAUGUAUUCUUCCAUGUAGAUAUAAUGUAAAAUAUCAACAAUGGUUGCCCCUCUGCUAUUUAGUGUUGUAUAGCCAUUAGGUCAUCAGUUUUGUUGUAUGCGUGGAUUAUACUCUUGUAAAAGAGUUGAGUGAAAGUUGCCCUCCUUAUCUCUCAAAAAUAAUCUGGAUCUAAAGCAUCAGACACAAAAUCCCACAUACCUCCUUUCUUCCUGCCUCUUGUGUCUACUGUUAGUCAUUUACAGAUCAAUCAUCUGUGAUACGAAUUCAGGUUUAAUAUAUGUCCAUAUUGAAGAAAACUUAAAAAAUAGUAUAAAACAAAUAAUUCCCAAAAAAAGUAAUGGAUGACAGCUGAGAAAAUUCAUAAUCAGCUUCUGGUGUUGUGUUGUGAAAUGACCACACAUUUAACUGUUAACUAAUUACUACUGAUAUUGUAGUCUGUAAGCUAUAUCUAUGUUUGUAUAUCAUAUAUGUCAUGCAUACCCAUUGAUUAUCAGCAUAUUAUAUAGAGCUGAGAGCAUUUAAGGUUAUAUAGAAUCCCAAGAAGGCUCUGAUUCUGUGUAAGCCUUUUAAACACAGCAAACUAAAGCAAUCUCUUCCUAGGUCAAAAAUGUUUUUCUUUUUAUUAUUAUUUAUUAUUAUUCAUUUUUUUUUUUUUUACUUUGUAGUUCUACAUACAAAGUUGGUGCUUGCAUUAGUAAUGCCAAAUUCAGUAAUUCAUGGGUGGUACUUCCUUUGCUCCAGUUUAAUUCACAAGAAAUGUGUUGGUCUGCACAGAAGCCUGAGGACUUGCCUACUACCUAGGAUGUGAUUUAAACACUAUAGUGUAUUAUUUUCAUGUUACUCGUAUUAACCAGUGUCUAUAUUACUGUUAAUGAAAAUUUGUACAUAUUAUUUUUAUAUAGCUUUCACUUCUUCAGAGCCUCUUGAAAAAUAUGAAUUCAUACCAUUUUAUAGUUUAGUGAGGAUCAACCAAGUUUGGAAAAGUUGGUUUGCUUCACAUUUUAAAGUUUAAUUACAGUUUGUUAUAUACAUACAUACAUUAAUAUAUAUAUUGUAUAUUAAAGAUCUUGAGCCAUUUCUCCUAAAUGGUCUUAUUUUAGCACAUCUGGCUUCAAGUAUUCUAGAUAGGAAACUAUGAACAAGGGACUGCCAUAUCUUUGUUUCUCCAGGGUCACUCCUUCCCAAGACAGGGAGUUACCAGGUGUAGUUAUUUGGUUAUUAUGGUCUAUAUUCUGCUUUAUCUAAAGAAACAUUAAGCACAGAGUUUGUAUAUUUAAAUAAAAUAAUUAGAAUAAAA